GCCGACUACACAUUUCGUCUCUAAACACCGAGCUGAAAAGCUGAUAUAGCGAUAACGGGAGAAGAUGUUGGACACAUCUGAAAGGGCGUUUAACCCUUCGAAUGUCGAUCAAAUACUAGAUUGUGAAAUGGACACGAGUGAUAUUGAGAGUAUUGAUGAAAUGGGAUUCCACGCCCAAUCGUCUUUACAGAAGCUGUCGUCUGCUGCAAAGCUACAACGUGCAAAUAUGGACAAUAUCUCGAAAGGAGAAAACACUUCACCACUUUCGGGUCAGGAACUGUCUCAGGACCUUUUCUCACUGAUCGAUUCCUUUAAUCUGGAAGCCCCAGUUGAGAAUUUCAACAGUGGCGACACGAACGCAUUCCAGUCUGUUAUUGAUGACGUCAUAGACGCCGCGCCCUCAGGUGACGAGUUUGACUUUCUGGAUAAUAUUUGUGGUUUUACCAGUGGCGACAUUCCCGUGAAACACAAUAGUUCAUCAGUGACGGGCACAGCCUGUGUUUACACCUGCGCAUCGGAAAAAGACAGGCGCGGCAACCAAUUAACCUGCGCACGGACUGAAUCAUCCACAUGCAUCAGUGGUGUGUACGACACGUGGAACACGCUCUCACCUGCAGAUCAGGAACUGCUUGAAAAAUUGCCUGUCUUUUUAGAAAACGUUGACUCUGUAUUGAUCUCAAAUGCGACGAGUGGGUGUGUUCGGUCGAAGAAGCGAGAACGGGACUUUGAAUUUCACGAGAUUGAACCUCGCAAAAGACUACGUUCGGAGGAUGCGCGUGGUGUGUUCAACAAUUCGAAAGGCAAAGCAGAUACUGGCAUUUUAACACGUGAUAAUAUUUGCGCGAGGGGAUCAUAGCAUUGUUUUAUCACUAUAAUGCACGUGGUUGCAUUUCAUAGACGUUGUUGCUCCAUUCAUUCUCAUCAAAAGUGUUCAUCGAAAGUCUGACUGUUGUGAUUUUUUUUAUGGAACUGCAAGAAAGUGCCAACUGUUGUUUGUUUUGUGUUGUUUACAUAUGUUACACAUAAACGACGGAUGCCGCCUUUUAUAAAGUUAUCUGUCAACAUGAA